AUGUCUAUUUCACAAACAUCAUUUACUGCACCAUGUCAUGUUUAUGCUGGAACAAUAUCAAAUAAAACAGAUAAAUCAGUCUUAUGUACAAUUCAUUAUUCAUCAGGUCCAAAUAAUAAACUUGAAGAUACAAUAUCUGUAAAACUUGAUGUUGGUGGUCGAGCUUGUAUACCUGAACGAGAAUAUCAACCAACACCUGAAGCAACAUUUACUUGUCGAAAAAUUGUUAGUCGAAUAGAUAUUCAAACAGAUGAACAAUCAUUUUCAUUAGAACAACCAUUUGAUGGUGUCACAUCUCCAGUAACUGAAUGGAAAUUUGAUGUGCAUAAUGAUCAUAUUGCUUCAAUGAAUCCAAAUAUUCUAACAAUAACACUCGAAUCUCCUACUACAACUACUCAAUAA